CCGCCGCCGGCGCAUUGGCCUCGGGCAGGUCGGGGUCCCGGCGCCGCCGGGAGUUCCCUGGGCCGCUGGACUCCUCUGCUCGAAACGGCGCCGGCGUGGGGGCGUGUGCCGUUGGCCCUGUCUCAGGUGGAGGGCGGCCGAGCUGCGCGCAGGGUGCGCUCGUUUGAAUUGCGCUGACACCGCGGGUUGGGGACUCGAACCCCGGUUUCGCAGCUCAGGAGCCUGAGGUCCGAAAGCUUCAUUCCAGAGCCCAACAUGAAUGGAUACGCGGAAUUUCCCCCCAGCCCCAGUAACUCCACCAAGGAGCCCAUGGAGCCCCAGCCCAGCCAGGUCCCACUUCAGGAAGAUGUGGACAUGAGCAGUGGCUCAAGUGGACAUGAGACCAACGAAAACUGCUCCACGGGGCGGGACUCGCAGGGCAGUGACUGUGACGACAGCGGGAAGGAGCUGGGAAUGCUGGUGGAGCCACCGGAUGCCCACCAGAGUCCAGAUGCCUUUAGCCUGAUGAUUACAAAAUCUGAACACAACCCAUCUACAAGUGGCUGCAGUAGCGACCAGUCUUCGAAAGUGGACACACACAAAGAACUGAUAAAAACACUAAAGGAGCUGAAGGUUCACCUCCCUGCAGACAAGAAGGCCAAGGGCAAGGCUAGUACGCUGGCCACCCUGAAGUACGCCCUCAGGAGUGUGAAGCAGGUGAAAGCCAACGAAGAGUAUUACCAGCUGCUGAUGUCCAGCGAGGGUCACCCCUGUGGAUCAGACGUGCCCUCCUACACUGUGGAGGAGAUGGAGAGCAUUACCUCUGAGCACAUUGUGAAGAAUGCCGAUAUGUUUGCUGUGGCCGUGUCCCUGGUGUCUGGGAAGAUCCUGUACAUCUCUGACCAGGUUGCAUCUAUAUUUAACUAUAAAAGAGAUGUCUUCAGCGACGCCAAGUUUGUGGAGUUCCUGGCGCCUCACGAUGUGGGAGUGUUCCACAGCUUCACCUCCCCAUACAAGCUUCCCUUGUGGAGCGUGUGCAGCGGAGCAGAUUCUUUCACUCAAGAACGCAUGGAGGAGAAAUCUUUCUUUUGCCGUGUCAGUGUCGGGAAAAGCCACGAGAACGAAAUCCGCUACCACCCCUUCCGCAUGACGCCCUACCUGGUCAAGGUGCGGGAGCAACAAGGUGCUGAGAGUCAGCUUUGCUGCCUUCUGCUGGCAGAGAGAGUGCACUCUGGUUAUGAAGCCCCUAGAAUACCUCCUGAAAAGAGAAUUUUUACAACCACCCAUACACCAAAUUGUUUGUUCCAGGAUGUGGAUGAAAGGGCAGUCCCUCUCCUGGGCUACCUACCUCAGGACCUGAUUGAGACCCCAGUGCUCGUGCAGCUCCACCCUAGUGACAGGCCCUUGAUGCUGGCCAUCCACAAAAAGAUCCUGCAGUCAGGCGGGCAGCCUUUCGACUACUCUCCCAUUCGGUUUCGCACCCGGAACGGCGAGUACAUCACGCUGGAUACCAGCUGGUCCAGCUUCAUCAACCCAUGGAGCAGGAAAAUCUCCUUCAUCAUUGGGAGGCACAAAGUCAGGGUGGGCCCUUUGAAUGAGGACGUGUUUGCAGCCCACCCUUGCACAGAGGAGAAGGCCCUGCACCCCAGCAUUCAGGAGCUCACGGAGCAGAUCCACCGGCUCCUGCUGCAGCCCGUCCCCCACAGCGGCUCCAGCGGCUACGGGAGUCUGGGCAGCAACGGGUCCCACGAGCACCUCAUGAGCCAGACCUCCUCCAGCGACAGCAACGGCCAUGAGGACUCACGCCGGAGGAGAGCCGAAAUUUAUAAAAAUGGUAACAAGACGAAAAAUAGAAGUCUUUAUUCUCUUGAAUCUGGAGAACAAAAGAAAAAAUCCGUUACAGAAAUGCAAACUAAUCCCCCAGCUGAGAUGAAAGCUGUCCCUGCCGUGGAAAAGGACAGCCUGGGGGCCAGCUUCCCCGAGGAGUUGGCCUGCAAGGACCAGCCCACCUGCUCCUACCAGCAGAUCAGCUGCUUGGACAGCGUCAUCAGGUACUUGGAGAGCUGCAGUGAGGCUGCCACCCUGAAGAGGAAAUGCGAGUUCCCAGCAAACGUCCCAACGCUAAGGUCCAGUGAUAAGCGGAAGGCCACAGUCAGCCCAGGACCACAUGCUGGAGAGGCAGAGCCGCCCUCCAGGGUGAACGGCCACACGGGAGUCAGCACGCACCUGACCUCGCUGGCACUGCCGGGCAAGGCAGAGAGUGUGGCGUCGCUCACCAGCCAGUGCAGCUACAGCAGCACCAUCGUCCAUGUGGGAGACAAGAAGCCGCAGCCGGAAUUAGAGAUGGUGGAAGAUGCUGUGAGUGGGCCAGAAUCCCUGGACUGCCUGGUGGGCCCUGCCCUGGCCUGUGGUCUCAGCCAAGAGAAGGAGCCCUUCAAGAAGCUGGGCCUCACCAAGGAGGUGCUCGCUGCACACACACAGAAGGAGGAGCAGAGCUUCCUGCAGAAGUUCAAAGAAAUAAGAAAACUCAGUAUUUUCCAGUCCCACUGCCAUUACUACUUACAAGAAAGAUCCAAGGGGCAGCCAAGUGAACGAACUGCCCCUGGACUAAGAAAUACUUCCGGAAUAGAUUCACCUUGGAGAAAACCAGGAAAGAACAGAAAACUGAAGUCCAAGCGGGUCAAACCUCGAGACUCAUCUGAGAGCACCGGAUCUGGGGGGCCCUUGCCCGCCCGGCCCCCACUCGUGGGCUUGAACGCCACAGCCUGGUCACCCUCGGACACGUCCCAGUCCAGCUGCCCGGCCAUGCCCUUUCCUGCCCCAGUGCCAGCUUAUUCCCUGCCGGUGUUUCCAGCGCCAGGGACUGUGGCGGCAACCCCCGCACCUCCCCAUGCCAGUUUCGCAGUGCCUGCUGUGCCCGUGGACCUCCAGCACCAGUUUGCAGUCCAGCCCCCACCUUUCCCUGCCCCUUUGGCCCCUGUCAUGGCAUUCAUGCUACCUGGUUAUUCCUUCCCCUCGGGGACCCCAAACCUGCCCCAGGCCUUCUUCCCCAGUCAGCCUCAAUUUCCAAGCCACCCCACGAUCACAUCCGAGAUGGCCUCUGCCUCACAGCCCGAGUUCCCCAGCCGGACCUUGAUGCCUAGACAGCCAUGCGCUUGUCCAGGUACCCAGGCCACCCCACCAUCGGCCAUGGGUAGAGCCUCCCCGCCACUAUUCCAGUCGCGCAGCAGCUCGCCCCUGCAGCUCAACCUGCUGCAGCUGGAGGAAGCCCCUGAGGGUGGCACUGGGGCCAUGGGGACCACAGGGGCCACAGAAACAGCAGCUGUGGGGGCGGACUGCAAACCUGGCACUUCUCGGGACCAGCAACCGAAGGCAUCUCUGACCCGUGACGAACCCUCAGACAUGCAGAAUAGUGACGCCCUUUCCACGUCAAGUGGCCUCCUAAACCUCCUGCUGAAUGAGGACCUCUGCUCAGCCUCGGGCUCUGCUGCUUCAGAGUCACUGGGCUCUGGCUCCCUUGGCUGCGACACCUCCCCGAGUCGGGCAGGCAGUAGUGACACAAGUCAUACCAGCAAAUAUUUUGGAAGCAUUGACUCCUCAGAGAAUAAUCACAAAGCAAAAAUGAACACUGGUAUGGAAGAAAGUGAGCAUUUCAUUAAGUGCGUCCUGCAGGAUCCCAUCUGGCUGCUGAUGGCAGAUGCGGACAGCAGCGUCAUGAUGACGUACCAGCUGCCUUCCCGAAAUUUAGAAGCAGUUUUGAAGGAGGACAGAGAGAAGCUGAAGCUCCUGCAGAAACUCCAGCCCAGGUUCACGGAGAGUCAGAAGCAGGAGCUGCGCGAGGUCCACCAGUGGAUGCAGACGGGUGGCCUGCCCGCAGCCAUCAACGUGGCAGAAUGUGUUUACUGUGAAAACAAGGAAAAAGGUAAUAUUUGCAUACCAUAUGAAGAAGAUAUUCCUUCUCUGGGACUCAGCGAAGUGUCGGACACCAAAGAAGACGAAAAUGGAUCCCCCUUGAAUCACAGGAUCGAAGAGCAGACGUAACCCCUGCCCCACCUCAGCCCGGCAGCCAGCAAGCUACAUACACAGGUGGUGCUUGGAGGAGAUGAAAGAUCUUCAUGGCUGUUUCCACUGAAAUGGACACAUAUGCUCAUGUUGCUUUUUUUGUUUUAGAAAAAAACAAACAAACAUAGUUUUCUGAAGGGGUGACUUAAAACUGUGGAGAGUGGGGAGGGUUUGGAAAGAAAUACGUUUUUAUAUAUAAAAUAUAUAUGUUGAGUUUUGUGGGAUGGGAAGAGACUUUAGCUGUUAUUUAACUUGAGAAAGACUAAACGCCUCUUCGUGUCAGGGAAGUUGCCUCAGUGCUCCCAGAAGUCUUGUGACUGUGAUGAGACCUCUGUCUGCUGCACCAGUUGGGGACUCUGGCUUCCAGAGUUUUCCCAGGGUGUUUGGAUCAGAUCAAAUUUUGUCCUCUCUUGGGGACUGCUUUUUAUCUGAAUUAUCAUUUAGUCAAGGUAGUUUAGCUUUUUUUUUUUUUUACAUACCAAGUGGAGAUAGCAGCCUCUCCUAGUUUUCUUUCAAAACGUUUCACAUUAAAUGGUGUGAAGCAUUGUUUGGCAAACCAACAGCUUUGGCUUCUGGUGUGGUCCAUAUUUCAAUCUGACAGCUUUUUGUAGUGAACAAAGUUGAAACAUUUGCUCUGGACUAAAGAAGCCUAGUGGUUUGUGUGGCCAACUCCAUCGGAUGAAUGCACACGCAGACCCUCUGCAUAUUUCUGCAUCGUUCUUGUCUCCUUUUCAGACCAUGAUGGCCAAUAUGGAGAUUGAAAUAUGUCAUCAGUCAUCUCUUUAUGGUGACUUCCCUCUGCAAACCAGGCUGUGACCAACACAUGUGGGACCCAGUCCUGUUUGGUCUUCUUCCGUUGGAGCCACCCAGACAUCAGCUUCCACCCAGCCAAGCCCACAUCACAUCUUCUGGCUGAGAGCAGCCACUGCCACUCAGUCCCACAGCUUGCAACUGCGUCUUUAUUUUCAGGGGUGCAGUGAGCUUACCUCUCCCGCUGCACCCUGGGUUGGGUGCCCAGCCCUCAUUCUUUUCAUGAGCCCGACCUCUCUCGGAGCAGCUUUAGGCCUCUGCCAGUGUCCCCAGCACUUUUUAAGUCAUUUGGAUACUUGGGGAAAAGUGAGGCCAGUCUGCCCAACUUUUUACAAAACCUCAUGUUGCAUUGUAUAUUCCAAAGAUGGUUUGGAAAAUUUAAUAUUCAUCCCUGGUGGGAAUUCACAGUUAUCACUGAAGAACAGUUGACUUAAAAUUUGACCAAGACUAUGAGGCUUAAAAGGGACCAGGGUUUUCUUUUUUUCUUUUUUGUUCUUUUUUUUUGAGAUGGAGUUUCUCUCUUGUUGCCCAGGCCAGAGUGCAGUGGCACCAUCUCGGCUCACUGCAACCUCUGCCUCCCAGGUUCAAGUGAUUCUUCUGCCUCAGCCUCCUGAGUAGCUGGGACUACAGGCGCCUGCCACCACGCCCAGCUAAUUUUUUGUAUUUUUAGUAGAGACAGGGUUUCGCCAUGUUGGCCUGGCUGGUCUCGAACUCCUGACCUCAAGUGAUCCACCCACUUCGGCCUCCCAAAGUGCUGGGAUUACAGGCGUGAGCCACCACGCCCGACCUGGACCAGGGUUUUCUGUUUUUUGAUGGAAGUGAAAUCUCUUUGUAAUCCACUAGGUUUUCAUAGUAAAACCAUCUUAUGCCUGAAUAUUAAACCUAUUUUUCAUAAACACAAGAACACUUUAAUUUUUCGUUAAUUUACAAAGUAACAUCACCUGCCUAGGCCUACGAUAAGGUAGCAGUCUGCAUUCUUAACGGCAAUUAGCUGUUACAAACUGCUUCUUGCCUCUAAAGUCAGAUCAUGAAGGGAUAGGUGUUAAUCUAAGGUUACAUGUAUGUUACUGAAACACAAAACUGCCAAAAUCUUACUCUGCUGUUAUGAAUGUUUACCAUCAGCAUUAUUUUGUUAUUUAAUAUAUGCUCAUUGAUUGUAGCUUCAGCGCGUGCCAAGCAGUUGACUUAAUAGGAUCAUCUUGUGAAUUUGUUUACAUGAUGCCAAGCAUCAAGUCAUGUUUUCUUUAGUGUGUGUGCUUAUACAGGUGUUAAACACUUUUUCUCUAUUUUAAACUGAGCCUUCUUUUUAAUAUAUUCCUAAAAAAUAUAUGUAAAUAAGCUCUCAGAGUUUGUGUGAUGAUUUGUUGAGCCUUGCUGGACAAGUGGUUUGUUCGUGUGCAAACCAAACUUUCUUUACCCAGUGCAAUAGAUUUGUUUGACUGCUUGUGUCUUUUUAUGACCUGUUUGCCUUUUAGAAAAUUGGUAAAUAAAGCAAGUAUAUUUUUAUUUUUA